CGAAACAGUUUCAUAUUUUGAUUAAGUCUGUCUUUGGCAAAACAUCUUGGAAUAGGAAACAUCUAAUUAAGAAAACUAAUUAACCAAAUUUGUGUCUCUUUAACACGAAUGGAUAGGGUGAAUUUAGUUUAAGCAAUUGAAGGGAAAUGAAUUCUGUGGACGAGGCGGUAUUUCGUCGUAAUUGGGAACUACUAAAACAGGAAAUAGAUGUCGAUGACUUUGUUCGUAAACUUGUAAAGGCUGGUGUGUGGGGCUCCACGCAAGCCGAAGCAGUCCUCAACGCGGCCCCAGCAAACAGGGAUGCCAAGGCGGAGCGGUUUUUACAUGCGGUUGUCAACAGCGGCACGAAAUGCCUCCAGACCAUGUGUAACAUCUUACUUGAAAACAGAGACAAUCCAAGAUAUGAAACAUUGGUCAAGGCGCUGGGUAUACAACAGUCAUUCACCCAAGAUUCAGGGGUCUCAACACUCGGUGCCGUGAGGCAGUCAACAACCAUGUCAGCUAUGAGUUCAACUAGUUCCUUGAAUUUGAACGUCGGUGCUUGUGCAGAAAACCUUUCUGGGGAGAGAAGCGAUCGUAUGGUAUCAGCCCGUGCACCUUGGCGAGCUGAUGAGUUUUUCCGUCGCGAAGACACAGAAGAGAAUCGACCGAGCACACCUGCUGAAGCUGUCCAAGCAGCCGUACAGAAAGCCAGUGACGAAAAGAGCGGCAAUCUUGAUAUGGACGCGCUCGAGCAAGAGUUGGUGAAGAUUGCUCCUACUAUAGCUGAUCUGUUCUCUAAAAUACAUACUCAGACAACGACAGUUGUUGCAACAAGUGACGAAGAAUUGAAGAAGAUCAGAGAAGAUAAUGAUCGCUUAAGAAAGACUAAUAGAAGUUUAGUGGAAAAGUUAAAUUCAUUUCAACAAAAAAUUAUUCAGCUUCAGUUAGAAAACAAAAAAUUAAGAGAAUUCAAUGACAAUGAAAAAAUAAAACAAACCCAAUUAGAUGAAAGGUCUCUCGAAUUAGACUUGUUAAAAGAAAAACUGAUUUUUCAAAAACACGCCCUUGAAGCUAAGGAAAAAGAGCUUGACCUUCAACUGGAAAAAUUGCAAUCCGUUGUAACAGACAAUGAAGAGCAAAAAUUAAAAUUGGCAAACUUAGAACAGCUGCACGAAGAAGGUCUCACAGAUUUCGAAGAGCAGCAAAUACAGAUUGAUGAAUUGAAGAAAGAGAAAGAGCAGCAAAAGGAACAAAUAGAGGUCCUAGAAGUGAAGCAAAAAAUGAACGAACAGUUUCUUGUACGGCUGGAAGAGAGGCUGGCGAUGUUAGAACAACGGGGAAACCAGAAGAAGACAAGAACGCGGUUUAUGGGAACUAAGCCAUGGAUGAAUGGGAUGAUGGGGAGGUCGCACCACGUGCAUGUGAAAAUACAACCCCAGUUUCCUACUGACUUUUCGUCCGCUAAUAUCGGUGUAAAAGGUGGCAAAGGAUGGUCAUUUUGAUACUGGGAUAAAAAAAAGAUUUAAUACUUGAAUUUUAUGUUUGAGCGAAAAUAUUGACAAGAGAUGAUACACUUUGUAAAACACCAAAGUGAAAUCAACUUCGAUGAUGAAACAUAUGCAAAACAAGACAGGAGAUUUCCUACGGAGAAAUAUUUCGAAUUAGGUUAAAUUUGCGUAAACUACAUACACAAAUGACGAAUGACGACCGCUUUAUGCAAGAUGAUUGUUGGAGAUACCAGAUAUUGACGGCGCCCAUACUAAGCUAUUCAUUAUGAUAACAAUAAAGCCGUUCAUCAUUUGUCUUAGGUAGCUACUUAUCAUAUUUCUUUUGUCUGCCACAGCACUGUUGUAUUGAUUUGAAUAUAAUACAUGCGAUUGUGUAUUUGAUAUCUGUACAAUACAUUUACAAAAUUAUAAUGUUUACAACACGCAUGCUAUUUAUGAAAGAUUUACAGAGCGCCACGGCUACUUCGUUUUAAAUGUUUACUUAAACUACGAAUGUCAUUAGCUUAAGGCAGAUUCACAUUUAAUUGAUAUAUCCGUAUUUUCAUGUUAUACAACAUCAUUCAUUGGCUUGCUAUUUUUGUGAAGGAAUUUUAGAAGACGUUGUCACUGUACAAUGUGACAUACUUGACAUUUUACAUUUAUACUUGUAUUUAUAGAACAAACAUUC